AUGGAGGAUAAUGAAACCCCUCAAGAAAUGUAUGACUGCAUGAUGGUGCAAGUGAACAAGAUUAGAGGGCUUGGAAGUGAAGAACUAGAUGACCACAAGGUGAUGAGAAGACUGCUAAGAGCCUUCGCACCAAGGAACCUCACCUUGGUAACACUCAUCCGUGAGAGAAGGGAUUACAAGAGACUCACACCUAGUGAUGUGCUUGAAAAAUUUCUUGCUUAUGAGAUCAUGGAGGAGGAAGCAAAUGAAGUCAAGACCCUUCGUGCUGGAGAUGUAUUUCCUCAAAGGUCAGAUGGUUCUGUGCCAAUCAUUACUCCUCCACAGACUCAGCCUCUACAAAACUAUCCUCCAUCUUUACGUGUUUACCAGCAAGAGGCACCUGAAUCCUCAGUGCUGGAUUUCCCUGCAUUAAGCCUGACAGAAAUUCAGAAUGCACGUGGCAUCAUGGAUGUUCUUUCAGAGAUGUUGAAUGUUUUGGAUCCUGGUAACAGAGAGGGACUUAGGCAGGAGGUGAUUGUUGACCUUGUGGAUCAAUGCCGUUCUUACAAGCAGAGAGUGGUACAGCUUGUCAACAGUGCCUCGUCUUCAGCAAAUACAAGUGCCAACAACCAGUCUCCCUUUGAGAUUUUAGCACUUCCUACGCCUCCGUCAUCCAAUAGUUCAAAAGCUGCCGCAGCACCAACUCCUACCAUCGACCUCCUUAGUGGAGACGAUUAUAUCAAAUCCGAACCUGCAAACUCCCUGGCGAUUGUUCCUGUCACUGAAUAUUCAGCUUCAGACCAGAAUGUCUUAGCCUUUGCAGAUAUGUUUCAACAAACUACUGCUAACAAUAGCAGCCAUAACCUUGCAAACUCUUCUACUUCGUGGACUUCAAAUUCUACGUUCCCUGCAUCACAAACAUAUCCCGCUCCAGUGAAACCUGUUCGGCCUCAGCAUCCAACUGCUUAUUACAAUGGGGCUACAUCCAAUGCUAUCGUACCUUAUGAUCAACAAUCUCAAUUGCACUCUACAGGUUCAUGGAAUGGGCAGCCUACUUAUGGAACGAGUUCCCAAAAGCAGGCCCUAAAUCACGGUACUGAUCAUCAAAAUGAAGACCUUCCACCAGCACCAUGGGAAAUUCCGAUCCAAAUGAACCAAGGAAUGGGCAUGUAUUCCCAAGCGAUGUUUAGAGGAGAAUUUUACAGAAUGAACCAACCACAGCUGUAUGGUGUUCAAAUGUCUGGUUAUGGAUAUGGCCAGCCAUCAGGUGGCUACUGUAUUCCAAACGCCGCAUAUUCAUAUGCUAGUGCAAACGAGCUUUCCCAGAGGAUGAAUGGCCUUUCAGUUGAAAACGGCAGUUCAAAUGGAAUGACGACAAAUAAGCAAAGCAGGCCUGAGGAUUCACUCUUCGGUGAUCUUUUGAGUAUCGCCAAAAUGAAGCAGAACAAACCUGCAGCUGGUAAGGUUGGCGGCUUAUAA